AUGUCGUGGAAGCUUUCCGACGGCUUCCUCGUCUUCUCCAUUCCUCCACACAAUGGCAUUCGCCUUUUGACAUUGCAGCCCAACGCACAGCUUAAGACCAUCUUCGAAAGCUCCCUUCUGAUCGGAUGGAUCGCAGCCCUCUCCUUCGAAAUCGCGGCAGCGACAGCGAUGUUGGACGAGAUUCAUACCACCUUACCUUCGGACUUCAACGACCACAACUCAUACACACUUUGGUCCAUCCUGGGCGACAAUGUUGUUAUUGCGUGUUUGCCAGCUAGUGUCAACGGUGCCACUUCAGCCGCAAUAGUAGCGGCUCACAUGUUGUUUACCUUUCCAGAAAUACGGUUCGGACUGAUGGUUGGUAUCGGAGGAGGAGCACCAAGCGACAAAGUCGAUAUUAGACUCGGAGAUGUUGUGGUGAGCGAGCCAGCCGACGGGGUUGGUGGCGUGAUACAAUACGACUACGGAACGGUCACCAGUGGUGGGUCUUUCCAGCGAACAGGAGCUCUCAACAAACCACCACUGGUGCUAUUGGCUGCAGUCAACCAGCUGAAAGCGAAAGUCGUGAUGAAGAAUAACAACAUACCACUUAAUAAAUCCCAAAUUGCGAUGCGGUAUCCCAAAAUAUCAAAGUUCACUUGUUCGGGCAACAGUCAGGAUCACCUAUACAAAGUCAACUAUGAGCACGUUGGAGGAAAUACAUGCGAUCAUUGCAGCAAGAUUCAGAUUAUGAAUCGACAAUCAAGACCAUCAGCCGACUCAGCCAUUCAUUACGGUUUGAUUGCAUCGGGAAAUCAAGUAAUGAAACAUGCAGCCACGAGAGACCGACUGGCACAGGAACUGGGGAUUCUGUGCUUCGAAAUGGAAGCAGCUGGAUUAAUAGAUCCGCAGGUCAACCAACAGAUCAAACAACCGCACUGA